AUGGGCUCUGCACGGAGCAUCGAGCACACGCAGCCCCGGUUUGAGUCUGAAAGCUCCCGGGCAGCAUCAAAGCUGCUUCUCAAUGCAGCGCGUCGCUGCGACGCGGAUGCGGUGCAAAACGCACUGUCUAUGGGGGCGGACCCCAACAUAAGGAGUGAGCAUUCCGGCAGGCCAGCAUUGAGCUUCACUGCCCAGUGCGCGGAUACUUCGCUUCCUCUCCAACAUCUGCUGCGUGCACGUGCACAGGUGGAUGCAACCGCGAAUGAUGGACGCAGCGCGUUGCACAUUGCAGUUGCAUGGGAGAGGGGUGCAGCAGCAUCGAAGUUGGUCGAG